AUUUGACAGUUGUUUCAUGUUUGCAUGGACUUCAAUUAUAAAAAAAAAUACACUGAAAUUUGACACUUGAUUAUUGAUUGAAUUUUUGAGAGGAAAAAACAGAAGUUAAUUAGUUUUGUUUUGUCUAAGAUGUAAUGUACGUGUGAAGAAAACACACUCACAAUGGGUACUAAUGGAAACGGGCGAAGAGGCGGCACAAAGCUGCCUGAUGUGCGCCGCCCCAUGGAAGAGGGCGAUUGUGUCAACGAUAUGGAGAGUCCUGAAUUAGAUUUCGUCUAUGAUGAUUGUGAUACACAGGCCAACGAAAUCGCUGAAUUAUAUAGUUACACUGAACAUCCGGAAUUUCAAUUAAACGUAAAGGCUUUCGAAGAUAUCAUGGAAGAAUUUAACUAUCCCCCAAGUUGGCAAAGGCUUACUGAAAAACAACGGCGUACGGUUAUAAUGAAAUUGUUAGAACAUUUAGAUAUUGCAGUUAGUGAGAUGCGGAUGCGAGCGACACGAUGUAUUUUGUAUUUAGCUCAAGGGUGCUGGGCCGAAAUGCAAUCUGACGCUGAACAGGCACAGUGGGCUCGUCUAAAUAUAUUCAUGUUGUAUGAAAUGGGAACAUUUGCAGCCUUUGUGGAAUUAUUGAAUCUCGAAAUCGUCAGAAGUAAUACAACUAUAGCAUCAAGGAAACUUGCGGAAUCAUUAGCUGAUUCUACUAAUUUGAGAGUUAUAAUUUCAGUUCUAUAUUUAAUAACUGAACAUAUGAGGACUGAAAAGAAUAAUCCCAGUACUGAAUAUGCACACCUGAUUAAAACCUUUAAAGAGGAACUUGGUACACCUUUUGGGGAAGAAUUACUCCCAGUACAACUGUUGAAUAUGGUAACCCACUUGGGGGCAGGCACUGCACCACAUUUUCCCAUGAAAAAAGUUUUACUUUUGCUGUGGAAAGUUUUACUUGUGUAUUUAGGUGGAAUUAAAGAACUUAAAGAGAGAAAAGCUCGAUUGAGGGAGAAAUAUAAUUUGCCUCCAGUCAUGGAAGAUACUCUUGAAGUGAUCAAAGGUAUGAGAGCCAGUUCCCCACCACCGAGUGCUGUAGACAUGCUGGAGAACCAAAACCCAAGUCAGAGAAAGCUAAAGGAGAAUGAAAGAGCACUAAGAAGACAGACAUUUAUGAAACAAACAUCUUUAGAUGAAUCUGAUGAACAAAUGUAUGUUGAGAAAGAAGAGCAAAGCAAUGGAUCUGAAGAUUAUUCUAUGGAGUUUCAGUCAAUGCCCAUAGAAGGAUCACAAAACUCAAAUCAAAAUUGUCCAUACUAUAUGUAUUUUAAGCAAUUCGAUAGUCCUCCACCACCGCCGCCUCUACCUAGAAGUCUUCCAUGGCAAUCAAAGGUACGGCAAAAGGAUAUUGAUAACUUUCUGGACAAUGUGAGAGUGAAAUUUGUUGGAUACUCUUUGCCAGGCGACCGUCAAACUGUCGCAGGUCUGCCGCAACCCAUACAUGAAGGUAUAGAAGUAUUGAAAAAGCACAUCUACACAAGUAUUGCUGAAAUUCAAAUUGAAAGAGAAAUUGAAAUCGCACGAAGCCCUCUAACUAAAGGUGAAAGGGAAGUUGAGCAGACUGAAACUGAAAUUUUAUACAGAGAAGUGCUACCAAAUUUACCGCAAUAUAUGAUUGCAUUACUGAAGAUAUUGUUAGCAGCUGCACCUACUUCUACUGCAAAAACAUAUUCUAUGAAUAUUAUGGCAGAUUUAUUACCAGAAGAGAUGCCCAUGACUGUACUCCAGUCACUUAAGCUGGGUAUAGAUGUGAAUAGACAUAAAGAAAUCAUUGUAAAAGCUGUCACAGCUACACUUUUACUUCUUUUGAAACAUUUUAAGUUAAAUCAUGUGUAUCAAUUUGAAUAUAUGUCACAACAUUUGGUGUUUGCAAACUGCAUGCCUUUAGUUUUAAAGUUUUUUAAUCAAAAUAUUCUAUCAUAUGUUGGAGCUAAGAACACCAUACCCAUAUUUGAUUUUCCUGCUUGUGUAAUUGGCGAACAGCCUGAAUUGACAAAGGAAUGUCUAGAUAUUGGCGACACAUCAGUACCAUACUCUUGGCGAAAUGUAUUUUCUUGCAUUAACCUCCUGAGGAUUUUAAAUAAAUUGACAAAAUGGAAAAAUGCAAGAAUCAUGAUGCUUGUUGUUUUUAAAAGUGCACCUAUAUUAAAACGCACCUUGAAAGUCCGACAUGCUUUGAUGCAGUUUUAUGUUUUGAAACUUUUGAAGAUGCAGACUAAGUAUUUGGGACGACAGUGGCGGAAAACGAACAUGAAAACCAUCAGUGCAAUUUAUUCUAAGGUACGCCAUAGGUUAAAUGACGAUUGGGCCUUCGGCAAUGAUGUAGAUGCUCGCCCAUGGGACUUUCAAGAUGAAGAGUGCGCUUUGCGAGCCUGCGUUGAUCGUUUCAACAGACGACGGUAUGGCACAAUGGCAGAUCAGGAGAGUGAGUUGACACCCGUCGACAAAGAUAUUAAUAGUGUACUUGACACUAAUUUUGAUCUUGAUGAAGAGUUCAAGGAAAACUAUGAAAUGUGGCUUGAAAGAGAAGUCUAUAAUAAUGAAAUUAAUUGGGAUGUUCUUUUAUCAGCAUGAGUUUUUAUCUGCAUGAAAAUGUAGGAAGAUGAAAUAUUCCUUUUUUAUGAUAUUUAAGAAAAAGGUUAUAACAGUGUUUUUGAAUUAGCACUGAAAUUUCUGAACUUUUAGUACAUUUAUACAGAUCAGUAAAUUAUUGUAAGAUAAGGGAUUUGUUGCAGCAAUAAAAUUAGUACUGAUGACAAGAGCAAUUAUGUGUCAGAAUUUGCAUGCUCUAUGUUAAGUAAAUAUCUCUAUGUUAGGUUAAUAGAUCUAAUCACAAAACAUAUGUAAGAUUAGCCGAGUUCAAUAGGCAUCGGAGACUAACAAUAGAAGUUUAUAUAUAUAAAAUUAGUAUCUAAAUUAUGUAGCAUGAAAACUAAUUGGUUAAUGAAAUGUUAAACUGAAAUCAUCCUUUUAGAACAUACUUAUAAUUUUUUUGAAAUAAAUGUAUGUAAUAAAUUG